AUGCCGGUCUCCCCUGAGGAGCCAGGCAUAGUGACAUGGGUGGAGGUGGGUGCCUGGACGUACCACUACAGUGACCAGGAGGACUACACGUGGGAGCAGGCCAGGAACUACUGCCAGACUUUCUUCACCGACCUGGUGGCGAUCCAGAACAAGAGGGAGAUCGCAUACCUCAACGAGAGCCUGCCCUUCCACAAGCGCUACUACUGGAUUGGCAUCCGCAAGCUGGGUGGCAUCUGGACCUGGGUGGGCACCAGGAAGGCUCUGACAAAGGAGGCAGAGAACUGGGCAGCUGGGGAGCCCAACAACCGUCGCUCCAACCAGGACUGCGUGGAGAUCUACAUCAAGCGGGAUCAGGAGUCGGGCAAGUGGAACGAUGAGCCCUGCAACCGGAAGAAAAAGGCGCUGUGCUACCUGGCCUCCUGCCAGCCCUUCUCGUGCAGCCAGCGUGGUGAGUGUGUGGAGACCAUCGGGAGCUACCACUGCGAGUGCUACCCCGACUUCCACGGCCCUGAGUGCGAGCACGUUGUGCAGUGCACUGAGCUCGAGCCCAAGGAAGCGCGCAUGAACUGCAGCCAUCCCUUCGGAGAGUUCAGCUACAACUCCACCUGCGUGUUCACGUGCCAGGAGGGGUUUGAGCGGCAAGGGGCAGGCACGCUGCGGUGCCUGCCUUCCCAGAAGUGGUCAGCAGAGACCCCCACGUGCACAGCUGUCGCAUGCCCCCAGCUGGCUGCCCCCGAAAGGGGACAGGUCGAUUGCUCCCACCUGCAUGGGACGUUCACCUUCAACUCCACAUGUGCCUUCUCCUGCCAGGAGGGGUUUGAGCCGACAGGAGCAUGGAGGCUGCAGUGCACGACUGGCAGG